CAGGUUCUGUUGCCAUGUAUAUGGUGGAUGGUUAAAGCGCAGACUACAUAUUGGGUUAAAGACAUGUUAAAGAAAAACUAUCUGCAUUCCGUUGCCACCUACUUUCGCUAGAAUCUUGUUUUAUUAAAUGUUUUGAGUUAAACUAAUUAUUAAAAUGGACCUGGAACGGCUGUCUGAUGUUAUGCAGCUAAUAAGCGAUAUAAAGCACAAAGUGAUUUGCAACCCCCAUGACGUUGCGGUCAAGACCGAAGAGCUGCUGGAAGCGCUGAUUUCGAACGGGAAUUGGACUAGUGCAAUGCAACUAAUGGAAUUGAUUCGGAUGCGAAUCAAGUGCAUAGCACAGAGCUUGCCAAUGGGGGGCAUUGCUACCAAUAUAAUGAGGCACAUCUUGAAAAUCGUUCGCGAUGAAUUCGAACUGGCUUCUGAGAAAAAAGGAGAGUCAAACUCCCUGCACCAGAUUGUCCGGGCAGACUCCACAGAUGUAGUCGAUUACUCGGAGAGUCUUUCAAGCCUGAAAGCCGCGCUCUUGAAACAUCUUUCUGAGUACAAAUCUGAGCUGGAAUCUAGCGCGGACAACAUUGCGGCGCAAGCCCCCGAGCUGAUUCACAACAAUGAGACGAUUCUCACGAUAGGAAUGUCUGAAAAAGUAGAAAUGUUUCUAAAAUCGGCUGCGAAGAGCAGGAAAUUCAAUGUUGUAGUUGCGGAAGCAGCUCCAUUAUGCAAGGGGCACGACUUGGCGGCCAGUCUCGUCGAGAGCAAGAUUAAAGUGACCGUAGUGUCGGACGCGGCAAUAUUCGCCAUGAUGUCCAGAGUGAAUAAAGUGGUUAUUGGAACCCAAAUGGUUCUAGGCAACGGCGGGCUGAGGGCUCAAAGCGGGUCCCAUACAGUGGCUCUGUGCGCGAGGCACUUCGCCGUCCCAGUCUUUGUUUUAUGUCACAUGUACGAAUUCAGCACCGUCAGCCAGGGCUCGGUUGAUGAUGCAACUUUCUACGAAUACGCCUCACCCGCUGAAAUCCUCCCCUUAUCUUUGGGGCCAAUGUUGAAUGAUGUUACUGUGAUCAACCCCCGAUUCGACUAUGUGCCACCUGAGCUCAUUUCCCUCUUGAUCACACAUCAAGGAGGCAAUUCGCCCUCGUACGUAUAUCGGCUCUUAUCUGAGCUGUACCAUCCAGAUGACUAUUAAGUUUGAGUUUGACCACGACUAGGCCACUUUUUUGGUGGCUACUCUGAAUAGCCGCUCCAUUUUCAUAAAUUCUAACUGCCAA